ACAUCAUACGUGGCUCAAUUCCCCAUACUGACUUCGCUAUAAUUCGGUCACCCUCACUUGCCCGCACAUCAUUUCCGUUCUUUAACACUGUCAUUCAACGCCUCUUCCUUCCCCGCCGGAAACCAAACGAAGCAGAAGACCACUGUCUCACGCCGUUAAUUAAUUUCAUACAUAGGUAACACAUAGCAUCUUAUAAUUCCUCUUUCUUUUUUCUCCUUGUUCUUCUCCCCUUCUCUCAUCACUCUCCCUCUCACCUGACCGGCACUGUGAAGGAGAAUACGGCGAAGCUUUUUCCGCAUCGAUAACUUCCGGAAUUCUAGCGGUUCUUUUCUGCUUUAAGCUUCUAUUCAAGGUUUGCUUUUUCACGGGGAGUUAGAUAGUCUCUGUGAUACUGUGAACAUGGGAGCAGCUUGUUGUGUAGCUGCAAGAGAUAAAGAUUUCCCCAGCACAACUGGAUGUCAAGCAUUGCAUAGGAAUUCCGGAUGUUCCCCAACAUUGAGUUUUCGCUGGGACAACCGAAGGCGUGUGGCCGGUGAAAUUGAGGAUUUGUCAUGUCAAAUGUCGUGUGGAGUCAGUAGAGAUGUUAGUGUGGAGAUGAAGGGGACUUUAGGUUCUGAUAGAGGGAAUCUUUCAGAUGGUUUAAGCCCGCUUGAGAGUUUUGGAACACCUAUAUCUCUGAAAUCGCCGGUUCAUGAAGGAAUGGGUGUGAUCCUGACGGCUCAACCUUCAGAUUUAUCCACGGAAAGCAAUUACCCUAUGGGGGUGAAGAGCUUGGCGGAAUCACCUGAUAUUGCAGACUUGCCAUUACCAAAGAUUUCAUAUUCUGUACAUUCAUCAUUUUCAACACCUACUACUGAUCCUUUACCAACCUGUGGUCAUCCGCAUCCUCCUAACUCAACCCCAUCUAGACGGGCUCGCCGCUCACCUGGGCACCGGUUAUUAAGACAGGUUUCUGAUAGUAGAAUCCUGGGAUUAAAAUCACCAAAUAACUGUUCUUUGUCUGAAGGAAGGUCAUCAUUUGUACUCUCCACUUGCAGCCAUGACUUAACAGUGGGAUCCCAUGGUGGAUCUUCUGACGGGUGGUCCAUGAGAACCUUUUCUGAACUUGUAGCCUCUUCACAAAGAGGGAGGUGGUCUUUUGACAGUGAGCACUUUGGCUCUGGCUUUGGAAAAAUAAGUGGAUGUAGCAGCAGGUUCUCGUGUUCUCCCUCCUCAGAUCUGCAAACUUGUGGAGCUUGCUCAAAGUUCUUGACUGAGAAAUCUGUGUGGAGCAGCCAGAGAAUCAUCAGCACCAAUGACCUCCCAGUGGUUGCUGUGCUGCCAUGUGGGCAUGUAUACCAUGCAGAGUGCUUGGAGGCUACAACUCUGGAGGUUGACAAGCAUGAUCCCGCAUGCCCAAUAUGUGAGGGAGGAGAGAAGCAAAUUUUGAAGAUGUCCAAAAAAGCUUUGAGAACUGAAGCAGAAUUAAAAGCAAAAAGCCUUAAGAUAUCAAGAAACCGAGUCAUUGAUAGUUACCUUGAUAGCGAUUCUGAUGAUUUUUAUCAACAAAAGAAUGCCAUGAAAGACAGAGAAGCUGCAAAGAUGGAUCCCGGCUCUGGUGCAGCAAGCUCCUCCGUGAAGCCAUUCUUGAGACGGCGCUUCACAUUUGGGUCUAAAUGGAGUCGAACCCUUUCAGAGAAAAAAGGGUUUUGGGCAAGACAUGGCAAAGAUUGACUUGACUAGUUUGAGUUCUCCGUAAAUGCUGGAGAUGUGAUUAUCAUGUAGGAUUGAAGGAGAGGGCUGUGAUUCAACUCAGGCCUUGAGCGCAUUCUUUCCGUUAACUCUUUGUUUGCCUAUCGAAAAUCUUUGUCCCUCCUCUCUCGGCCUCACUUCAGUUUUAGUUUUCUAAAAAAAGAAAAGAGGAAAAUAGGUUUCAGAUAAAUCCAUUUACAGGCGUAGUCUAGGAAUCAUCCGCCUGAUCUCCGAAGCCCUUAAUUUUGCUAUCCAUGGGCUGGACUGAAUUUUGACAAUGUUCUGCACUUUUGUAUUCUAUUAAUCAAUGCUAAGAAAAUGUCUCUCUCGUGCA